AUGGACUACAUGGAGGGCUCGCCCGCGGAGGAGUGGCCUGAGCAUGCUCCAUCGCUGGGGAGGUUUUGUGAGCGGCCUCCACCUAAGCGACUCACUAGAGAAGCUAUGUGAAAUUAUUUAAAAAAACGAGGGGAUCAAACAGUACUCAUUCUUCAUGCAAAAGUUGCGCAGAAGUCGUAUCGAAAUGAAAAGCGAUUUUUUUACCCUCCUCCGUGUGUGUAUCUUAUGGGCAGUGGUUGGAAGAAAAAAAAAGAACAAAUGGAAAGAGAUGGUUGUUCGGAACAAGAGUCACAACCCUGUGCCUAUAUUGAAAUAAGAAAUAGUGGCCAAGAAAUGCAGUGGCUGAACUUGGAAGGGAAGAACUACUGCACAGCUAAAACAUUGUACAUAUCUGAUUCAGACAAGAGAAAGCAUUUCAUGUUGUCUGUAAAAAUGUUCUAUGGCAACAGUGAUGGCAUUGGUGUGUUCCUCAGCAAGUGGAUAAAAGUCAUUUCCAAACCUUCCAAAAAGAAGCAGUCAUUGAAAAAUGCUGACUUGUGCAUUGCCUCAGGAACAAAGGUGGCUUUGUUUAAUCGGCUUAGAUCCCAGACAGUAGGUACCAGAUACCUGCAUGUAGAAGGAGAAAACUUCCAUGUUAGUUCACAACAGUGGGGAGCAUUUUAUAUUCAUCUCUUGGAUGACGAUGAGUCAGAAGGAGAGGAGUUCACAGUCCGAGAUGGUUACAUCCACUAUAGACAGACUGUCAAACUUGUGUGCUCAGUGACUGGCAUGGCACUCCCAAGAUUGAUAAUUAGAAAAGUUGAUAAGCAGACAGCAUUACUGGAUGCAGAUGGCCCGGUAUCACAACUUCACAAAUGUGCAUUUUACCUUAAGGAUACUGAAAGAAUGUACUUGUGCCUUUCUCAAGAAAGAAUAAUCCAAUUUCAGGCCACUCCAUGUCCGAAAGAACCAAAUAAAGAAAUGAUAAAUGAUGGAGCUUCCUGGACAAUCAUUAGCACAGAUAAGGCAGAGUAUAUAUUGUAUGAGGGAAUGGGCCCUGUCCUUGCCACAGUCACUCCUGUGCCUGUCGUAGAAAAUCUUCAGUUGAAUGGCAGCGGGGACGUAGCAAUUCUUGAACUUACAGGGCAGAAUUUUACUCCAAAUUUACGAGUAUGGUUUGGGGAUGUAGAAACCGAAACAAUGUACAGGUGUGGAGAGAGCAUGCUCUGUGUGGUCCCAGACAUUUCUGCAUUCCGAGAAGGUUGGAGAUGGGUCCGGCAGCCAGUCCAGGUUCCAGUAACUUUGGUCCGUAAUGAUGGAAUCAUUUAUUCUACCAGCCUUACCUUUACCUACACGCCAGAACCAGGGCCGAGGCCACACUGCAGCGCAGCAGGAGCGAUCCUCAGAGCCAACUCAAGCCAAGUGCCCACCAACCAGUCAAACACAAACAGCGAGGGAAGUUACACGAACGCUAGCACAAAUUCUACCAGUGUCACAUCGUCCACAGCAACCGUGGUGUCCUAA